AUGGAUGAAGAGACAAAAUCAUUAAUAAGAUCGAUCUAUCUACAAAAUAAAGAGAUAAAGGAGGAUAUUCUGAUCAUUAAAAACGACCUACAGAAAGUUUCCACAAAUAUCCAGGAACUAGAGGAAAAAGUUAAAUUUUUAGAAACUCAAAAUAAUGACCUGAAUGCUGAAAUAGAAAUAGUCAAAAGAAACAAAAAAAAAAACAAUUUAGUCAUUUUUGGAAUAGAAGAGGUAGAAGAAAGCGAAACGUGGAGUGUUGUGAAAGCAACCUUAGAAAGCAAACUCAGUAUAAAACUGGAGGAGGAUGAUAUAAAUAACUCGUUAAGAAUUGGAAAACAAAAUACAAAUGGGAAAAGGCCAAUAAUCUUGGAGCUGGUACGUAAUCUCAAGAAACAAGAAAUUCUUAAAAAUUGUAGGAAACUCAAAGGGACUGAAAUAUCAAUAAGUCACGACCUAACACCGAAAGAAAGGGAUGAGAAAAAAGUUUUGUACAAGCACUAUAAAGAAGCAAAAGAAAAUAAGUGUGAGGCCACCCUAUUCAGAAACAAACUUGUUAUCAACGGUGUUCCGUACAAGUACGAAGAUUUCGUGAAAGAAAACAUAGAUUUGGACCAUAUAGAAACCCUUGGAAACUCGUCUGAUUCAUCGUCUAAAAGGAAAAACGCACUGAGCCCCCAAGAAGGACGGCCCAAAAGAUUUACAAGAAGCGUCAGUAAAGAAACAAAGAAGGUGGACUAA